CAAAAGAAUCUGUCUAUUUGAAAUAAGCAAUGAAGAUAAAGCCUUAUAUACCACUAUUUAUAAAUACCCGUAAGAUUAAUUUCUACUCUUUUUUUACAUUUUCUGUUCUCAAUUUUCCCAAAAUUUCUUGUGUAUAAUAGGCCAAAAACAUUGAGGGGGUGAAAAUAAGAGAAUAAGGGGUGAAAAUAACAAUUCCCUUAUUUUCUAACACAAGAAAAAUCUGCCCAAACUGCACGUGAAAAAGUUUACUGCAUACGUAAGUGACAAAAUUGGCAGCGAAUAUUUCCCAAUUUAUUACGUGGCAGUGUCCUAAAAAGGAAAUCAAGUGUAUCAGCUUUUUAAUGUGAAUAGGUUUUCGCCAAAUUCAUAUAAUAAAGAGACAGCAUUUCAAUUUUUUUCUUUCCAAACAAUACAAUUUAAAAAAUGAAUAACAACAUAGAACAAAUCAAAGCUAACUCCACUGCAGAAGAUAUUGUCAAGUUUUAUAAUACCAACUUAAACGGCAAGGUCGUAAUUAUAACUGGUUCAAAUACUGGAAUUGGUUUAGAAACUGCUCGUGUUUUGGCAUCCGUCGGGGCAAAAGUCAUCAUACCUUGUCGAACUCUCGAAAAAGCUGAAGGUGCUAUCAGAACAAUCAAGACGCUUAUUCCUGAUGCUGAUCUGGUUGGCAUGCAACUAGACCUUUCCGACAUUUCUUCUAUCAAGACUUUUGCCAAAGAAUUUCUCGACCUAAAUAUUCCUCUUAACAUUCUCAUCAAUAAUGCAGGUAUUAUGGCAUGUCCAAAAUCAUUGACGAAGGACGGAUUUGAAACACAAUUUGGAGUUAAUCAUCUUGGUCAUUUUCUUCUCGUGGAACUUUUGACAGCAAAACUCAAGGCCAGUACACCUUCUCGCGUUGUUAUUGUCUCAUCUAGUGGAAACAGUCAAUUUUUAUCUAAAGAUGGUAUAGAUUUUGACAAUUUAAAUGGCGAAAAAGGGUAUAGUCCCUUUGGUAUGUAUGGUCAAUCUAAGCUUGCAAACAUUUUACAUGCAAAGGAGCUUCAAGAUAGAUUCGACUCCCAAAAUUCAGAUAUUACCGUUGUGAGUCUUCAUCCAGGAAGUGUUCAGACUGAAUUGAAACGUCAUCUUGAUAUCUCUGCAACCUUUAAUAUGUUCUCUACUAUGAGAAAUUACAAGACCGCUUUAAGAGAAGCCUCGAACCACAAAAAUGUCCAAGUCGGUGCUUCUACAAAUGUAUACUGUGCUGUUUCUCCCGAUAUUGUCAAAAGUGCUUUUUAUAGCAAUAAUGCUAUCAACACUGAUCUUCUGAAUGAACAAGCUAAUAACAAGCAAAUGGCAAAAAAAUUAUAUGAAGUCUCUCAGCAAUUAUUAAAUAGACAUAUCUAAAUACCUUAUUAAUAAUAAAGCAUACAUCCAAAUAAACAUGUUAUCUUUUGAAAAUUUAGGAUUACAUAAAGCACAGUAAUAAUUUAUAAGACAAUUUCUUGUCAGACAGAGUAAUGGGUAAAAACAUCACCUUUUACUAAUAUAAGUGAUACAGAUGAUGAUUACGCAAACGGUAGCAUGUUAAAGUAAGGAUUUUUAUUCUUCACCUAAUGACU